GCGCGCGCUCCGCUCCGGCGGGAAACAUGGCGGCGGAUCGGGCGUUCCGGGCCUGCGCCUGCUUCUUCUCCGCCAACAUCUUCGUCGGGCGCUGCGGGAUGCACGUCUGCUACCGCGACGAGCGGCAGCUCCGGCGGGACUACGGGCGGGCGCUGAGGGAACGGGGCUGCGGCGGCGAGGAGCAGAUGGCGGCCGUGCUGCGCGAGAUUGAAGCAGAAGUGCAGAGAAGAAAACACCUGGUUCAUCAGUCAGCGGAGCGCAAAGCCAUCAUCUCUCAGUGUUACAAACGAAAGCACUCAGAAGUGUACACUCUUCAGGAUUCAUUUCUGGCCCCAGGUUUUCUAGAAAUCGUUAGAUACUGCACAACACCAGAUGCUAAUCUCCAUGGCCUCCUGCGCUACACCGAGUCCUUCUCAGAUAAGAGGAUCUUUCGACUCCCAGUGUUCACAGAGGAGUUCUGUCAAGCCUUUAUUGAGGAGCUGGAGAACUUUGAGCAGUCAGACAUGCCUAAAGGCCGGCCCAACAGCAUGAAUAACUAUGGGGUUUUACUCAAUGAGCUGGGGAUGGAUGAAAAUUUCAUCACACCCCUGCGUGAAAAAUAUCUGCGUCCCAUCACAGCCCUGCUUUAUCCUGACCUGGGGGGUGCCUGCCUGGACAGCCAUAAGGCAUUUGUUGUCAAGUACUCUCUGCACGAAGAUCUGGAUCUGAGCUCUCAUUAUGACAAUGCAGAAGUCACCCUAAACGUUUCACUGGGAAAAGACUUCACAGAAGGCAAUUUGUACUUCGGAGAUUUCAGACAGGAUCCUUCCCCUGUGCCAAACUACAUAGAGGUGGAACACGUGGGAACCCAGGGGCUGUUGCACCGAGGAGGGCAGAUCCACGGGGCUCUUCCCAUCGCCUCGGGGGAGCGCUGGAACCUCAUCAUUUGGAUGAGAUCAUCAGCCAUCCGCAACCAGCUGUGUCCCAUGUGCAACCAGAAACCCCAGCUGGUGGAGGCAGAGGGCUUUGGAGACGGGUUCACAGAAACCUGUGAAGAAGACGUGCCUGAGACCGUGGAUCUGUGCUCGGUGUGGUAGCAGGUGGGGCAUGCCUUCUGCAGAACAGAUUGCCUCCAGCUGCUUUCUGCCUUCUCGGACCGUGCUGACAGCCUCGGGAGGACGUUGAGUCAUUUAAGAGGGAGCUGUCACCGUGCAAGGUGACACCAAACCGGUCCUGCUGGGAAGGAAGCCAGCUGCUCCCACUGCUGCUGCGAGGGCUGGCGAGGGCAGGCAGCCACAUCGGAGUGCUGGAGGAGCGCGGAGACGUGCAAAGCCCCAGCACUGACUCACUGCAAGGACUGCCGAUACGUUCAGAAGCUCGCAGGGACGCUUCGCAACCGGCCGCGGGAGGAGGAAUGGCAGCCUGAGGGCCUCCGCCCGCAGCCCAGCGGCAGAAGCGCUGCGCUCUGGC